UCGCAGAGCACUGCAACUCAGACACUCCUUAGGUUUCACUUUGAGAGCUACUGUGGGAUUGAGGUCAGUGAGGGCUAGCAUAAAGAUGGACAGCCAGGCUCCACCCAGGCUCCACCCUGGUUCCCUUAAUCCUUUUCUCCCCACCCCACCCCCACUACUCCCUCACACUGACCCGUGUCCUGGGCCUUUAAGAGUUGGAUGGGCUGGACUAAGGAGAGAGCUCACACCUCUGUCCACCCCACUCCUUCCAUCUGGCUCUAACUCUGCCAGUCACAGCAGCAAACUGCAGUGGAAGAGGGGAGGAAGCAAGCGAGUACAAGAGGAGCAAAGGAGAAAAGAAGCCAGGCUGAGCUUCCUCAUCCACAGUGGAGACCAUCGCAGAGCUCAGGAGGCAUAGCUCACAGACACAGGACUACAGUUCUGCUAUCCUGCCCACGGUGACUCUGGCGCCAACUAGUGGAGCAGUGGGUGAUGGCAUCCCUGCUGCAAGACCAGCUGACCGCUCAUCAGGACCUGCUGCUGAUGCAGGAAGGCAUGUUGAUGUACAAGGUGAAGUCCAAAACCUGGAAGAAGCUAAGAUACUUCAGACUUCAGAAUGACGGCAUGACAGUCUGGCAUGAGCGGCAGGCCUGGGGCAGGGCCAAGCCCAGCUUCUCAAUCUCUGAUGUGGAGACAGUGCGUAAAGGCCACGAUUCUGAGUUGCUGCGCAGCCUGGCAGAGGAGUUCCCGCUGGAGCAGGGCUUCACCGUUGUCUUCCAUGGCCGCCGCUCCAACCUGGACCUGGUGGCCAACAGUGUUAAGGAGGCCCAGAUCUGGAUGCAAGGGCUCCAGCUGUUGGUGGACCUUGUCACCAGCAUGGACCAACAGGAACAGCGGGACCAACCUGGAUGGCUGAGUGACUGGUUCCAGCGUGGAGACAAAAACCAGGAUGGUCGGAUGACUUUCCAGGAAGUUCAGCGGUUACUGCACUUGAUGAAUGUGGAAAUGGACCAAGAAUAUGCCUUCAGUCUUUUCCAGGAAGCAGACACAUCCCAGUCUGGGACUCUAGAGGGUGAAGAAUUUGUACAGUUCUAUAAGGCAUUGACUAAGCGUGAUGAGGUGCAGGAGCUGUUUGAAAGCUUUUCAGCUGAUAAGCAGAAGCUGACCUUACUGGAAUUUUUGGAUUUCCUCCGAGAGGAGCAGAAAGAACGAGACUGUGCCCGUGAGCUUGCUCUGGAACUCAUCGACCGCUAUGAACCUUCAGACAGCGGCAAACUGCGGCAUGUGCUGAGCGUGGAUGGCUUCCUCAGCUACCUCUGCUCAAAGGACGGAGACAUCUUCAACCCAGCCUGCCUCCCCAUCUACCAGGAUAUGACUCAACCCCUGAGCCACUACUUCAUCAACUCCUCGCACAACACCUACCUAAUGAGAGACCAGCUUUGUGGCCAGAGCAGCGUCGAGGGAUAUAUAUGGGCCCUGAAGCAGGGGUGCCGCUGCGUAGAGGUGGAUGUAUGGGAUGGACCUAGUGGGGAACCCGUCGUUUACCACGGACACACCCUGACCUCCCGCAUCCUAUUCAAAGAUGUUGUGGCCACAGUAGCACAGUAUGCCUUCCAGACAUCAGACUACCCAGUCAUCUUGUCUCUGGAGAACCACUGCAGCUGGGAACAGCAGGAGACCAUGGCACACCAUCUGACUGAGAUCCUCGGGGAGCAGCUGCUGAACACCACCUUGGAUGGGCUGCUGCCCACUCAGCUGCCCUCGCCUGAGGAGCUUCGGAGGAAGAUCUUGGUGAAGGGGAAGAAAUUAGAUGCACUUGAGGAGGAUCUUAAGGACGAGGAAGAGGAGGAAGAGGAGCCAGACUCUGAGCUGGAACGACAGCCGGAGUCAGAAUCGGUGCUAGAGUACCAGUAUGAGACAGAGCCCAAGCCUGAGCUCCAGAAACUGAGACCUUUGAGUAAGGACAAAAAGGAGAAGGUUGUGACGUGUCCGUCGUUUUGUCUGCCUAUCUGUUGUCAGACUACAGCCCAGGCUUCUAUUUCCAAGUCUGAGGCCCUUCUCUUGUCCCAGCAGAAGUCCAAGGUUAUCUUGUGUCCAGCCCUCUCUGACCUGGUUGUCUACUUGAAGACUGUCUCAUUCCACGGCUUCACUCAUUCAAAGGAGCACUACCACUGCUAUGAGAUAUCGUCCUUCUCUGAAACUAAGGCCAGGCGCCUGGUCAAGGAGGCUGGCAAUGAAUUUGUGCAGCACAAUGCCUGGCAAUUAAGUCGUGUGUACCCCAGUGGCCUGAGGACAGACUCUUCCAACUACAACCCCCAGGAAAUGUGGAAUGCAGGCUGCCAGAUGGUGGCUAUGAAUAUGCAGACUGCAGGGCUUGAAAUGGACAUCUACGAUGGGCUCUUCCGCCAGAAUGGUGGCUGUGGUUAUGUGUUGAAGCCAGACUUCCUGUGUGAUGCUCAGAGUUCCUUCUGCCCAGAGAGGCCCAUUAGCCCUUUCAAGGCCCAGACCCUCUUAAUCCAGGUGAUCAGUGGUCAGCAACUCCCCAAAGUGAACAAGACCAAAGAGGGGUCCAUUGUGGAUCCACUGGUGAGAGUGCAGAUCUUUGGUGUCCGUCUAGACACAACCCGGCAAGAGACCAACUAUGUGCAGAACAACGGAUUUAAUCCAUACUGGGGGCAGACACUAUGCUUCCGGGUCCUGGUGCCUGAACUCGCCAUGGUGCGUUUUGUAGUAAAGGAUUAUAACUGGAAAUCCCGAAAUGACUUUAUUGGUCAGUACACCCUGCCAUGGACAUGCAUGCAACAAGGUUACCGCCACAUACACCUGCUCUCCAAGGAUGGCACCAGCCUCCACCCAGCUUCCAUCUUUGUGUACAUCUGUAUCCGGGAAGACCUGGAGGAGGAUGAAUCCUGAGCUUGUGGUUAUCUCUCCUGCCCUUUCCCUUUGUGGAUUCUAGAUUCUAUACUGGAGUUCUGCCUUCGUCUUGCUGUAGGCUCAACCCCACACCCAGAUCUACAACUAAUCUUUCCCAUCAACUCUGGUGCGAAAGCAGACUGCAACUAGAAAUCCAGAGGUGUGUGGCGCAGAGAAACCUAAAGAUGCAUUAUCCCCUCCAUGCCUGACUUCCUCAAAGCCCAGAGCCAAGGGAAGGAUAAAUCAAAUCUCAAGGCUUCCUAGGCAAAGGUCAGGGAAGGAGACCUAACCGCAGAACUGUACUGACUCUCAAGAGAACACUGAGCGCCACACAGAGUCCCCACUGGACCGCUCCAUCUUAGCCCCACUGGUAUAAAUGCAGCU